AUGGCUGGUGUUCAACCCGACGCCAGUAUCUCCCCCGGCGUCUCGACCGAGCCACGCCUUGGACCAGUCCUCGGAGGGCAGACGGGGGCGGGAACAGGAACACAAAACACACCGAGCGGAGCGACGAGGGCACAAACAACACCGACACCCUCAAUAAAGGCGACGCCAUCAUCAUCACCGCCUGCCAGAUCACCAUCUUCAUCAGCCCCAAUAAGGCAAAACACACCCACGCCUUCGCAGACGCCCUCACAAACACCAACACCAACACCAUCACUACCACCAUCACUACCACCAUCACCGCCACCACCACCACCCCCUUCAAGCUCCCCUCGCCCCCUCACCACAUUCAUCACCGUAUCAUACACCACAAACGCAACAUCAACACCCACACCAUCACUAUCAGACCCGCCACCAAUCCCCUCACCGACAUCAGUGCCGGCCGUGAUACCAAUCUCCGCGCCGGGCGAGCAGACGCCCUCGCCAACACCAUCCUUCAUCCCGCCGCCGCCGCCCCCAGUGAUACCAGAAACCACCCCCCUCCUCCUCAACCCCACACCGACACCGACACCGACACCGAGCUCGGGCGGUCACCGCAGCAGCGGCGGCAUCGCCUCGCCGAGCCAGGCAGAGACCUCGAGCGGCAGCAACGUGCAUCUGAUGCCGGCGCUGCCCAUCGCGCUGGGCUCCGUCGGCGGCGUGCUCAUCAUCGGGCUCAUCCUCGGUAUCCUCUACCGCAAGGGCAGGUGGCCGUUCCGCAAGAGGCAAAACUUUGCGCAGAUUGACGAGCUCGAGGUGGAGAGGCAGCAGGAGCUCGAGAGGCAGAAUAAAAUGAAGUGGGAACCGAGGGUCACGAGGACGUAUAGGACGCAGGAUGCGGGCGUCAACUUUUGA